UGUGCUUUGGUGUUCAGCUUGUGUAAAAGCAUAUAGUGCAUACCUUUUGUCCGAUUUUUCCUUGAGGAUACCAAUUCAUUGUGUUUUCCUGCUCUUUUCAGAAAUAAUGUUUGUGGUGUCAAGUUUAGUUGCCUUCGCAGUGCUAUCUCUCAUCAUGAUAAAUGUGCACUCACAGACAAUAGAUUUGACAGUCGAUUUAUGCACAACGUUAGAAACCAGAUUAACUGUGGUGAAUGGGUACACCGGUGGAACUGUUUACAUUGAGGGAACUACUCAGAACUUCACUGACUGUCACCAAUCCCUGGCUGGAGAUUCAACGGAUGUGUUCCAACUUACAUUUGAUACUUGUGGUGUAACUUAUGGAUUCCUAGCAUCAUCAAAUACAAUCGAUUUCUACGUCGUCGUUACUCAAUAUCCCUUUGCAAACAUUUUCACUGAUCCUCGGUUCCAUGUUAGAUGCUCGUUCCAGGAGUCAACCAACAAUGUCGACAUUCAAGUGGAGUCAGUGACUGCAGACAAAAGUGGAACAGAAAGAAGACAUGAAACCGACCCAUCGGCAGUAAUCUCCCUUUGUAGAGACACUUUAGAAGGAACAUGCGAACCAAUAUCAUAUUCGAAUAUGGUCACCAUGGGAGAUAAUCUUACUCUCCGUUUUGAUUUGUCACCACAAGUCCCAAAUUAUGAACUACGAGUUGACGAAUGUUUCUUUGAAGCAAAAGAUCAAACAACCGGAAUUAGCGCUUCAACACUUCAGCUGUUAGAUAUUCAAUCACAGUAA